UACAACCCAAAGUCCCAAACCAAGCUUGACCAAAGUAAAACCAAACGUAAGAAGCACCUCCGACGCAUGCAGCUCUUUCUCUCUCUCGCGGCAACACUUUGAGAAUGUUGGUUGUGUCGUUCGCAGCCAAGCCAUUGAAUCGUUGAUACUUUGAGGGUUUGAAAUUGGAGUGAAGAAAACAGUGUCUACUUGGGUGGUUGCCUAAUUCAAUAAACUGAAAUUUAGAGAGCAAAAAAUGGGCUCUAUUCCCAAACAGCCUUUGUUCUGCCUAAAAUGGCCAUGGGACAUGAACCAGAAUCCUCAGACUAAUACUCCUAGUGUUUGCUCCUUUGAGGGCCCUUGGAUAUUCAAAUCUAUGCAAAGUCUUGGGUCCGUUGCGUUCAAUUUCGUCCAGUCAGUUUCCAAGUCACCGUCUUCGUUAGUCAACCAUUUUAAGCCCUUGCAGUUUGAUGCAAGAACCAACCAAAGUAAGAGUCUGAGUCCUGAAGAGCAGGCGGAGGCAGAGCAUAGAGCAUUCGCCUCCGCAUUGGCAAGCAAUAAAGAGGCUACAAUGCUUGAGUUUUACUCGCCCAAAUGCAGGCUGUGCGGUUCUUUACUUAAUUCUGUAGUGGAGGUUGAGCGUAGGAACUCAGACUGGCUUAACAUUGUUAUGGCAGAUGCAGAGAAUGACAAAUGGCUACCCGAGCUCCUUCAUUACGACAUUAGAUAUGUACCUUGCUUUGUAUUACUGGACAAGAAGGGGAGGGCACUGGCAAAGACUGGUAUUCCAAAUAGUCGACUACAUGUAUUAGCAGGUCUCUCUCAUCUUCUGAAGAUGAAGUGUCCUAGCAAAAGAACAAGCUAAUCGAUGUUUGAGGCAUUUUCUUCCAGUCUAAACCAGUCCUCAGGAGUAGAUUUUGUUUUUCUGAUUUGAUUCCGAACUUGCAAGAUAGAUCCCUUUUGUUCAUACUUCAUAAGAUAAAAGACCACUCAUUUCUUUCAUCAAUAUGCAACUAUGGAUUUGCAAAAGUAGAUCCCCAUUUCUGUACAGAUAUACAGUUGAGUUGGAGGGUAAAUGCUUGAUUAUUAUGGUAUAAUAUACAUUGCUACUUCCCUCGAGUA